AUUUAAUAUUUUGCUUUAAUGUUAAUAUUAAUUUUGUGGGUUUAUUUUAAAGAGGUAAUAUAUGCAAUUAGAGAUAAAGGAGUGUAAAUAUCUUUGAAGAGGUCUCCUUGUUUUACUCCUAAUUAUUAGUAGCAUGUGUUGCAUACUAACGGCAGAAUAAACCCUAUCCUUGAUAAUCUCCUAAUUCUUUUCCUAAAAAUCUGCCACUUUUCCUCUUGCCCAACAAACUAUUGUUUUACUAUAAAACAACGUUCAUUGUUUCGACUGUUUGGUAGAAGAAGGAAAAAACUCUAUCUACAUCUUAUUCUCUCUCCUGCUUUAGAAAUCAUAAACAGUGACUGAUCAUAUUCGGUUCAUAUAUACAUAUUUGGUUCGGUAUUAUAUUUGGAUUUUGAGUGUCGGGAAACUAUACGGUUCGUGAGUUCAAUUCGCUGCACAGAAGAGAACUUGAAGGUCGUUGUAUCUUGGGGAAAGAACGCCAUCCAACCCCGUGCAGAAGGGGGUGUAUCAUUCCUUAGGAGGGCGUCAUCACGUGCCUCGACCACCCCACAGGCUAUUCUUAUCUUUUCUCUAAUAAUAUUGAAUUGCCUUUCUUGGUAGAUUAUUUGUUCUUGUUUAGGCAUUUAAUUCUAGCAGAAAUAUCCUAAUCAUAUAAUUUUCCCAACAAUCUAAGGAAUGUUAUUUGUUAGGAUUUUCUGUUAGGGUUACACUUGCUAUAGUAUUGUUGAGCAGCUUUGUUUUGAAAAAAAAAAUGGCAUUUGACGAUUCGAGUUCUUGCAAGCCCGAGAAGUUCAAUGGUCAAAAUUUCAAGAGUUGGCAACAACAAAUGAAAUUUUGGCUCACCACUUUGGGUUUAUAUUCUGUGAUUCACAAAGGUUUGGUUUCAAAAGGAAAAGGAAAAUCAUCGGAUAAAAGUGGAACUUCUAAGGCUGUUGAAAUUGUUGAAACUGGCAAGGAUUCGAUCCCGUCGAAAAAAUCUACUGACGAUGAUGGUUUCGAUGAGAAAGAUUAUUUGUGUCAUGGUAGGAUUUUGAGUGCAUUAUCUGCUAGUAUCUAUAAUAUUUUUUGCACUACUAAGACUGCCUUUGAGUUGUGGGAAGCAUUAGAAUUUAAAUAUGGGGCCGAAGAUGCCGGUCUUAAACGGUAUUAUGCGGAAAAUUUUUUAGACUUCCAAAUGGUUGAUGGAAGGUCAGUGAUGGAACAGGCCCAUGAAUUUCAAAAUAUACUCUAUGACCUUAAGAGAAAAGGCAUGGAUUUAACUGAUACUUUUCUAGUUGCUUCUCUCAUUAAAAAAUUGCCUCCCUCGUGGUCUAAAUUUGCUAGAGAACAAAAGCAAAAGCACGAUGACUAUACUUUUGAUGAACUUUUAGUGUCUCUAAAUAUUGAAGAGAAGCAUCGUGAAAAACUAGUUGAACCUGCUUCUGAUUUUUCGGCUAAGGCUCUCAUUGUAGAAAAUCUUCAUAAGCCUACGCAUCAAAGUUUUAAGAAAACCAACUCUACUAAACAGUUUGUGAGCCAUAGCAAUAAUAAUAAUAAUAAACCAAAAGGCGGAAAUAUUAUUCAGGAAAAGGUAGUGGCUUGUUGGGUGUGUGGAAAUACUAAUCACAAAGCCAAGGAUUGUUACUAUCGUAAAGGCCAACCUCCUAAGCCUCAUGGGAAUAAUGUAGCUCCUAGACCACAAGCUAAUGUCGUCACUGUGGAGGCCAACUCCUCUUUCCCUGCUAACAGGAAUCAGGCACAAGAACUAUAAGCAUGGGAAAUGGGAGCAUGGUCAGGGUACUAGGAGAAGGAAAUGUUAGUUUGAAGUUGACCUCAAGCAAAGUUUUCACCUUAGAUCGAGUCUUGCAUGUUCCAGACAUUAAUAAAAUCUAGUCAGCACUUCUUUAUUAGAUUGUCAUGGUUUUAAGAUUGUUUUAGAGUCGAAUAAAGUUGUCAUUGCUAAGAAUGGUAGUUUUGUUAGUAAAUGUUGUUUAGUUGAUGGUUUGUUUAGUCUUAAUGUUGUGAAUUUUGAUUUGAAUAAAAGUACUUGUUCUUUGCCUAUAAGUUCUUCAGUUUCUAAUGUUGAAUGUUGUGGUAUUUGGCAUGGCAG